UAUUACACGGAGGAAGUCUCGUCUUUUCACACCAUCAGCCCAGUAAUUGACAGUCAGUGAAAAGUAAAUACACAGUUGUCUUAUCUUAAAUAACCCAUACGUCUCAUGGUCAAACCAUUUGUUUGGAAAGUAGCCUAAGGCUUUUUUCUAUGAUACUUAUUAUCAUGUUAAUUAAAAAAAAAAAAAGAACCGUGUCAAAGUCAAUAAUUAAGCAACUGUUAAUCAUAAGCAAUAAUAUGAUGAAAUGUAUAAUGUAGGCCUUAGGAAUCUUUAAUGACAGAGUUGAACGUCUAAUGAAGUAAUGCAUUAACUAUGGCUGAUAUUAGGAUGCUUUGAUAUUUUGUUCAUUUGUCACGUCCGUAGACUUUGAAAGGUUUAAAAUAAAAGGGCUAAAGGAAUUCCCAUUAGUUGAAGAGUGGUAUGCGAAAUAAGACUAUUAUUUGCUAAAGACAACUAUACAGAAACUCGUUAUAUUCUAAAGAGACUCGUAAGGACAAUUUAUUUUUUUAGCUGAUUUUUCGAGGUACACUCUUCAAACAUUGUGUUCGAUUUUUGUUUUGUUUUGACUUGUUGGAAAUGAGUGGCAAUGUCGGCCUACAGAUUGCCGACUACGUGGUCAUUGCAGUCAUGCUAUUUAUUCCACUGGCCGUUGGAGUGUUUUUCGCCAUCAAAGACGCCAAAAAGACUAAUCGAGAUGAAUAUUUGUUUGGAGGAAGAAAGAUGUCGAUGCUUCCUGUGGCAUUGUCUAUCUUUGCAACAUUCAUGUCCGCUAUUUCUAUGAUGGGAAUACCAACAGAAGUGUACUAUUAUGGAGCUAUGCACACAACGUUUCAAAUUGGAUUUGCUUUGUCGUUUUUGAUUGGCUAUGUGACAAUGAUACCUCUUAUAUACCCACUACACGUGACCAGUAUCUAUCAAUAUUUACGUCUGAGAUUUCAGUCAGAGCUCGUACGUAACUCUGUGCUGACUCUUGCAAUGAUACAAACAUUUUUCUACAUGGCUAUUGCAUUACUUACACCGGCGCUGGCUUUACAAGCGGCAGCUGGAAUACCUUUUUAUGUGUCUGUGUUAAUAGUCGGCUCUAUUGGCACAAUUUACACGGCAAUAGGCGGCAUCAAGAGUGUUGUGUGGACGGACGCCUUCCAGUGUUGUAUUAUGAUCACUGGACUCAUGGUCAUGAUUGGAAAAGGUUUCUCCCUCGUGGGCGGAGCUGACAAAGUUUGGAGCAAGGCAGAAGCUGGAGGUAGAACAAACUUCCUGCAGUUCAGUCCUGACCCAAGGUCUCGAUCUACUUGGUGGAGUACACUCAUAGGCGGCUGCUUCAUGUGGCUGACAAAUGUCUUCAACCAAUCAACAACACAGAGAGUCUGUGCUAUGAGGACAAUGAAGGAAGCCAAAAUCACCUUCGUCAUUAAUUUCUUCAUGUGUAUCUUUUAUGGCGGAUUUUUAUUCGCUGUUGGCAUUGUGAUUUACGCUUACUUUGAUCACAUCCAGUGUGACCCUUACAAUGCUGGAUUGAUCAGUAAUAAAAAUCAGCUUCCUCCAUAUUUUGUUCUACAUGUUUUACAAGACCUUCCUGGCAUGUCUGGGCUCUACAUGUCGUCCAUCUUUAGCGGUGCACUGAGCACUUUGUCUUCAGGUAUGAACGCUCUGGCUGCUAAUACAGUUGAAGACAUACUGCAGCGACCACUGAGAAACUUCACAGAGCAAAGGUCAACGUUAAUGACCAAACUCCUUGUCCUAGUCUACGGAGUUCUCAUCGUUGUCGUGGCUUACCUGGCCAGAACUAUGACAGGAAGUGUUGCACAGAUGACAUUGUCUGUGUUCGGUGCCUGUGGGGGUCCUAUUCUUGGUGUCUUUUUGCUGGGUGCCUGUUUUCCUUCUGGGAACAAAUAUGGCGCACUGGUAGGUGGCGCCUUAGCUUUGACAUUGACAAUGUGGAUGUCUGUUGGUAAUCAGCUGUACGGCAAGGCCCCUCCGACCUUACCGUCUCCUUCUACGGACAUGUGUUUCACUAACGAAUCUGACCCCUUUUUAUCUGAAUGGACCACAAACAAUUCUACCUGGCAUACGAACGCAUCUUCUAUGAACACGAAAGUCAUAUCAAAUCAAACCGAUGUCGGCUUUUCCCUAUUCUUGUACAAUAUUACUUACGAAUGGUAUGGUUGUAUCGGCACAGUGGUCAGCUUGGUGGUCGGCCUCUUGGUCAGUCUCUGCACUUGCAAAUGGCAACAGCCAACACACAAUGCGAGACUUAUAUUUCCUUUUCUAGCCAAAGUUUGGUCUCUCCCAAAGGUGGACCGUGAAACUAAUGGAAAAGCACUUGAAAAAUUACUGGACUACGAAACACAAAUACAAGCACAAAAUAAUAGUCUAAUGUCCUAGCUAUAGAUUGACUACGUCUAUAUGGAAAUACAAAUGUGAGCAUACAAAUCAAUAAAGUUGUUUUGUGUGUGUUUAUUUUUUGCUCAUGUAAAUGUCUCGUCAUUAUUCUUAGAGUUUCAAUCAUAAACAUCUCUUUUAUGUCUAGAUUUAGUUGAGAUUUUGUAUGCAUGGAGAGUAUCGAGAAAUAGUAAGCUAUUUACUUUAUCCGAUGUAGAGAGAAUGGAAGUAUUGUUAAGAGAAUUAUAGGACACUAGUCGACCGGCGGCGUAGCAUACGCGCUAUUUUGCAGGUCCGGCCUUAGUUGACCGCAGUGGGCUCCGCACUUAUGCGACCGCAGUAGGCCCUGCAUUUUCAUAGGACCCGCGCUAAUUAUAAGUGUAUUGUCACGUACACUAUGACCAUAUAUGGUAACAGUUUUGAGUUGUUCGCCGACUUAGCUCGAAAUAGCAGGGAAACAUUAGACUGCAAUGAUUGGUUGGUCUGGGAGGAGUAAGUUGUUGAUCACGUGAUUACAAGCUGAAACCCGGGGAAGAUGCAAAAUAGCCUCAGUCGGUUGUAAAGAUUUGUAGGGAUAAGAUCUAACUUGUAUGUAGUUAAGAAUAUAUAUUUUAUUCGUAUCAAGACUCAGAUAUGUUAUUGAAUAGAUCAGUUAUUCAAGUACAUUUUAACCAUUGUAACUAUUUGUGUAUAGUGUUUUCAAGUUAUUAAUUAAAGUAAUUGUUUUUAAA